UAGAAAUAUAACUUAAUUCUCCGUGAUAACUUCAGCUGUUUGCACACAUAAAUGUUGUACUUAAUUGUACCCAUUGCAUAACUUAAAUCGGUCAUUUCACGUAAUUUUCUGCUGCACGUAGCUUGCAAUAUAUUUUAAUCUGUUAAGUAAUCCAAGUAAUAUGCAGAUAACAGUCCUUGGUGCUGGAAUAUCCGGCGUAACGACAGCCCUACGCCUGCAAUCUGCGUUACCAAAGGCGUCCAUCAACAUAACUGCAGAACAUUUCAAUUCGGAUACACUUUCUGCGGGUGCUGCUGGGAUUUUCCGGCCGGGAAGUGGCCUUCGUGGUGGUGCGGGUCAAAAUGUUGGCGAUUGGAUCAAGUCUUCGUACAAUUACUACUCUUCCAUCCUUGCUUCGCGAGAUGCAUCAGUUGCUGGAAUCAUGAGGGUCGACGGGUAUUUGUUUUCCAGUGGGGAAGAGUCCGUCGUCAGGAACCCAUUGCUUGAAAAUCUUCUCCCAAUCUACCGAAUGGCAACGGAAGAUGAAAUUACUGAAAUCUGUCCAGAUUCAAACUUCAAACAUGGAGCUUAUUUCCAAACGAUGGUGAUUGAAAGCGAAAAAUUUCUUCCGUGGGGGAUUCAGAAGUUCCUUCAAGCUGGAGGAACAAUGACUCAAAAAAAGAUAAACUCAUUCCAAGAAGUGAAUAACAACAAUUUAAUCAUUAACUGUACUGGACUGGGUGCAAGGAAGCUUUGUCAAGAUAAUCGAGUAGUACCGAUACGAGGUCAAGUUUUUAAGGUCAGAGCCCCAUGGAUAAAAAUGUUCUACUAUGGGGAUUACGACACAUACAUCAUCCCCACAAGUACGCAAGUGACCCUGGGUGGCACUCGCAACUUUGACUCGUGGAACACAAAUAGUGACGAAUUUGACGAGGCCUCAAUCUUGGCCCGUUGUUCUAAACUAAUUCCAAACUUGAAAAAUGCAGAAAUAAUUAGAAGCUGGGUGGGUCUCCGCCCUUAUCGUGAUCAAGUCAGGGUAGAGUUUGAUGACAAAUUGUGGAGCGAGAAAGGUAUCCAGGUAAUUCACAACUACGGUCAUGGCGGAUAUGGAAUCACGGCUUCAGGAACAAGUGAAGAAGUUGUCAAGCUUGUUCUUGAGAAAAUGAGAAUGAACAAGAGCAAAUUAUAAAAAGUCUUGUCAUUACUUUAUAUUAGUAAUAUAAAUGCCACAAAAUAAAUUCAAUUGAAUUUCAUAUCAAUUUACAAA